AUGAGCAACAUGAAGAGAGAUAAUGAGACCAGCGUGUCCCAGUUCUUCCUCCGAGGACUCUCUGUACCACCAGAUCAUCAGGGUUUGUUCUUCACCCUCUUCCUAGUGUCAUACCUGACCACGGUGCUGGGGAACCUGCUCAUCAUCCUGCUCAUCAGAAUGGACUCCCGCCUCCACACCCCCAUGUACUUCUUCCUCAGCCACUUGGCUUUCAAUGACGUGUCUUUCUUAUCUGUUACUAUGCCAAAGAUGUUGAUGGACAUGCAGACUAACCACAAGUCCAUCCCUUAUGCAGGGUGUAUUUCUCAGGUGUUUUUUAUAAUAUUUUGUGGGUGUAUUGACAAUUUCCUUCUUACAGUGAUGGCGUAUGACAGAUACGUAGCCAUCUGUCAGCCACUCCAUUACACAACCAUCAUGAGGCAGGAGCGAUGUGCCUUAUUAGUAGGUUGGUCCUGGUUCCUCAGUUUUAUCCACGCUCUGUUACAUGCCCUCCUCUUGUCCCGGGUGUCAUUUUGUUCCAACAUUGCCGUGCCCCACUUCUCUUGUGAGCUCACGGUCCUCCUGAACAUGAGCUGUUCAGAUGUCUCAAUCAAUGAACUGGCCGUCUUCACUGAGGGAAUAGUGGUUGUUUUCCUACCUUUCAUAAGUGUUGUGGGCUCUUAUGUUCGUAUAUGGGCCACUGUCCUAAGAAAUCCCUCUGCUAAGAGAUUCUUCAAAGUCCUUUCUACCUGUGGUUCCCAUCUCCUUGUAGUAUCUUUGUACUAUGGGACCAUUGCAGAGGUUUAUUUUUUCUCUUCUUCAUCUCUCUCCAGUAAUAAAGAUAUAAUUGCUUCGAUCAUGUAUAUGAUUGUCACCCCUAUGCUGAACCCUUUCAUUUACAGUCUGAGAAACAAAGAUAUAAAACAGGCUCUAAAAUUGUUUGUUAAUAAAAUGAAGUUCUUUAAGCCAAACAACUUAAUGUAA